UAUGUGUAUUGGUUGCAGUUUCCAGUGUGUAAGCGUUCUCCUAGUAGGAAGCAAUAAAACUGUUGCUGAAGCUCCCAGCGUCUCCUGUGUGCUGCUAUCUGGAUAGGUUUCUUGUGGACUGACAUACUGAUUUCAAUUGUCGGAAAAUAUUUUGAUGCCUAGAGAGCAAAAUGUCCAUCAGUAAUGUAAAGGAAAUUGGCAGGUCUCCACGGAAGCAAAACAGCAGUCAGAAAAAAGUAAUUACUUUGUGCAGCCAGUAUGAGGAGAUGGUUCGGCCAUGUAUUGACCUAAUUGAUUCUCUGAGGGCCUUUGGAGUGGAAAAAGACUUGGCCUUGCCAGCAAUUGCUGUGAUUGGAGACCAGAGCUCUGGGAAAAGCUCAGUGCUUGAGGCAUUGUCUGGAGUUGCUCUUCCUAGAGGCAAUGGUAUUGUUACUAGAUGUCCAUUAGAGCUCAAGCUGAAGAAACUGCAGACCACAACAUGGAAUGGGAAAAUUGUGUACAAGGACACAGAACAAGAACUGACUAGCCCAUCAUAGGUGGAAGAGGCAAUAAUAAGAGGUGGUUAUGACUGAUACCUACUUCAUAUAUUAGAUUUCCACCUUGUGAGAAGUUAUAUUGAAGCCAAAACAAGCACAAAAAAUGGUUAUAGUCCCCCACU